CUAAUCAAUGAUGAGUAUAAACACAAUCUACCUCAUUCCUUAUCCCUGCAGGUGCUGGUCCGCAGGUUUGCAGAUGGCGCUGAGCUGCGAGGUACUGUAGUGGAAACUGAAGCCUACCUCGGCGGAGAGGACCAAGCCUCACACUCAGCGGGAGGCAAACGCACAAAGAGGAACACGGCCAUGUUCAUGAAGCCAGGCACAAUUUAUGUGUAUCCCAUUUAUGGCAUCCACCUCUGCAUGAAUGUGUCCAGUGAAGGGGAGGGUGCUGCUGUGUUGCUGCGCUCCAUCGAGCCUCUACAGGGUCAGUCCUACAUGAGGCAACUGAGGGCAGCCAGACGCAAAGAGGGUGCCCGACAACUUAAGGACAAAGAGCUUUGCAACGGGCCUUCGAAGCUGUGCCAAGCUCUAGAUAUACCGCGCUGUUUUGACCGUCGAGACCUGGCCUCAGAUCCAGAGGUCUGGCUGGAAGGGGACCCCAACGCAAGUCCAGCUGAAACGUACGAUAUAGUAUCAGCACCACGUGUUGGAAUCGAGUCCCAUGGCGAAUGGGCCAAGAAGCCAUGGCGGUUUUAUCUUCGAGGGCACCCCUGUGUUAGUGUAUUGAAUAAAGAAGCAGAGAGACAGCCUCAGUCUGGAAAUGCAAUAAAUGAUUUAGGUUCCUCAGAUGUGCAGCCUGACAGAGAACAGAGCAACGUCAAAAGGACUUAACAGGAUGAUUCCUGAAAAAUACUCCCCCAUCUGUUCCCUUUACCAUUUAAGCAGAAUAAAAACUACAGAAUGUUCUCCUUUUACUCCAUUACAUAAUAUUGAUCUUUAAAUAAAGGAGGUCAAGAUGGUAAAAUAAAAUCCAUGAUCAGUUAAGAUUCUAAAUUCAGAUAGUGCCUGUAAAAAUCUGUUCUGUGACGCAUCUGUACUCUCUCUUUCUUCCAUCUGUGUUUUUUAAUAAACAUACAAACUUG